AUGCAAUUACACCAAAGAACCAAACGGUCCCAGCAAGCCAAUAUUGCAAAGCCACUGGUUUUUGCAAAAUCUGCCAGUUACCGCACCCGCGGAAAAAUCAACGCAGGUGCGGUUCCGCUUUUGUGGAAUUUCAUUCGCUUCUGCAAAAUCUCCCUAGCUGACCAAAAAUCUCACCUGUGGAAUUUACAUCACAGGGAACUAGUUGCGGCUGCUGAGACCAUAGGCACGCUGACGAGUAAGUCUAUUGAGUUGGCAAAGAUUCUCCAGAAGAGAAAGGUUAAUAUAGCGUGUGUCCAGGAAACUAGGUGGGCAGGGUCGAAGGCGAGGAAUGCGGACGGGUAUAAGUUGUGGUACUCUGGAGUCGUGAGGGGUAAGAAUGGAGUGGGUAUCUUGGUGGAUAGGGACCUUAGAGAGUCUGUGGUUGAGGUUAGGCGAGUGAAUGAUAGGCUAAUGUUUAUUAAGUUGGUAGUUGGUGAAUGCACCCUCACUGUAAUUAGCGCUUACGCGCCGCAAGCGGGCUUGGAUGAGGAGGUUAAGAGGCGCUUUUGGGAGGGUUUGGAUGAGAUUGUGCGUAGUAUUCCUCCUACUGAAAGGUUAUUUAUUGGAGAGGAUUUUAAUGGCCAUAUUGGGUCGGCUGCUGGUAGUUAUGGUGAGGUGCAUGGUGGUUUUGGCCUUGGGGUUAGGAACGGAGGAGGUACUUCGCUGUUAGACUUCGCUAAAGCUUUCGAGCUGGUGAUUGCGAACUCGACUUUUCCGAAGAGGGAGGAGCAUCUAGUUACUUUCCAGAGUUCGGCAGUGAAGACUCAGAUUGAUUAUCUUCUCCUCAGAAGGUGUGAUAGAGGGUUGUGCAAGGAUUGCAAGGUUAUCCCGGGAGAGACCCUCGCGACUCAGCAUAGGCUCUUAGUAAUGGACAAUGGCAUUAGGAUGGAGAGGAAGAAAGGCAUGUUCGUGGACGACCGAGGAUUAGAUGGGGAGCUUUAA